CAGCCGGAAGUGGAGGCUUGAGAGGCGGAUCUGUACCGGCCUGGAGUGUCGCGACUCCGGAUCGGACCUGGGGCGCUGCUCCGAGGCCCGGUCAUGAACGGGCCGGCGGACAGCGAAGUGGACUACAAGAAGAAAUACCGGAACCUGAAGCGGAAGCUCAAGUUCCUCAUCUACGAACACGAGUGCUUCCAGGAAGAACUGAGGAAGGCGCAGCGGAAACUGCUGAAGGUUUCCCGGGACAAGAGUUUCCUCCUAGACCGCCUCCUGCAGUACGAGAACGUGGAUGAAGACUCUUCUGACUCAGAUGCCACUGCAUCUUCAGAUAACAGCGAGACAGAGGGGACACCAAAGUUGUUGGACACACCAGCCCCCAAGAGGAAGAGAAGCCCUCCACUGGGGGGUGCCCCCUCCCCCUCAAGCCUCUCCCUGCCUCCUUCAACAGGGUUUCCCCUUCAGGCCUCUGGGGCCCCCUCCCCAUACCUGAGCUCGCUGGCUUCCCCCCCCUACCCCCCAUUCCCUUCUGACUACCUGGCCCUGCAGCUGCCCGAGCCCAGCCCCCUGAGGCCCAAGCGGGAGAAACGGCCCCGCCUUCCCCGGAAACUCAAGAUGUCGGUGGGACCCCCUGACUGCCCUGUGGGAGGGCCGCUGACCUUUCCUGGCCGGGGUUCUGGGGCCGGGGUGGGGGCAGCCCUAGCCCCACUGCCUCCCCCCAAGAUGCCCCCGCCCACGAUCCUGAGCGCUGUACCUCGGCAGAUGUUCAGCGAUGCCGGCAGCGGGGAUGAUGCCUUGGACGGGGAUGACGACCUGGUGAUUGACAUCCCGGAGUGACCCCCUCUGCCCAUGCCCCGCCCAGUGCCCCCUGUGCCAGCACACAAGCCCCUGGCUUCCGCGAAAACGUUUAUUGAUGCCCAGUUGCCGUGCUGUGGCCACUGACACAAUCAGGAAAGGCGUAAACAUGCACAGAUGUCCCCUGGAAGGUGGCCCUUGACCAGGGAGGGAAGGGCCCUGCCCUCACAGCCCAGGCCCAUCCAGGGGACAGUUACUUAAGUGAGUGGCGGGAGCAUCUACCUCCUCAGAGGCAGAGACCCUGCGGCCCGCCUCCCCACCCCCCACCAUUUAAAAGGGCAGCUGACCAGGGCUAGGUGGCGCGUGUGUUUGAACAAAGAUUCUGUAUUAAAGGAGUGAGCGGCUC